GUUGUACGAUACAGGUUUGAGGUGUACUGUGGAAAAAAGGAGACUGGUGGUGCGUCCGGCUCCACCGACUACAAGUCCGGACUGGCCGCCGUCGCGCGCAACUUACGAGAAGUUUUUGGUCCUUCACCUCCUGCGGAUGGAGCGAUGCGCCUUGUCGUCACGGAUAGGUUUUACUCUGCGGUUCCUCUCUCGAUGCAGUUGCUCACGAUGGGGUUCUACUCAAUUGGCACCGUCCGCACCGACCGUCUCGGGCUGAGCACGAAGCUGAUCCCGAAGAAGAAGAAGGGCGGCAAAAAGAAGCCGCCCAAAAUACCCAAGAAUCGUCCAGCCAGUAUCGGGAGAGGCACAUACAUCGUCUCCGACGCGUUGCACAUUCCUGGCAUGAGGGUUUUGCGUUGGUGGGACACCCGAGCCGUGCACAUGUUGAGCACUGGCGGAAGUGUUGCCAUGGACCGGAUCGUACGCCGUGACAAGAUGACUGGCGAGCAGCAUGAAGUGGCAUGCCCGCGCAUCGUCAAGGACUAUCAGACCUACAUGGGCGACGUGGACUUGCACGACCAAUUGCGUCUACAAAGGUGA